AUGAUAGAAAUGAAUUCGUAUUGUUUGACAAGAAACGAAUUGCUUUUAUCCGGCAUUGAUUUUGAGCGUUUCGUAUUUGCUUAUAUCGUUCCAUGUUUUAUUUUAAUUGGAAUUUGCGGCAAUAUUAUUAAUUUAACUGUUUUACUUUCACCUCCAAUGAGAAAAAGGUCAUAUAUGUUAUCCUAUUUGGCAUUUAAUGAUAUGUUUUUCUUAUUUUUCUUGUUACCACAUUCAUUAGCACAUUAUGAGUUAUUUGCGUUCGAUGAAACUUUUCGAAGAUUUUAUUUGAAACACAAAAUAAAUCUUCUUGCAGUAACGAAUUGGGCAUCAGCUGCAGCAAUAUGGUUUGCUUAA